AUGAAGCUACUAUAUAAAAAAGCAGAACAUGAUGGUAUGGUAAUAUCUCUAUUAACUGAAGAAGAUGAUGAUUUAUGGAAUUUGUAUAAUUUAAUAAGUAUUAAUGAUUUGUGUGAAGCAUAUACAUCAAGAAAAGUUCAUAAAGAAUUAGGAAAUAAUUCAUAUGCUACUGAAAUAAGAAAGAUGGUAUUAGUUUUAAAUAUAACUAAAAUAGAUUUUGAUUCAAUAAAUAAUAAUUUAAGAAUAUCAGGAAAAAAUGUAAAAAAUAAUGAAUUUGUUAAGAUUGGACAAUAUCACACAUUUGAUAUAGGUAUUAAUGAAAAAAUAAAAAUAGUAAAAAAAAAUUGGGAUAAUGUAUUUAAAGAUAAAUUAGAAGAAUGUACAAAUAUUCAAAAUAUUUCGGAAGUUGGUAUUUUAUUAAUUGAUUGUGGGCAUGCAAAUAUGUAUCUAAUGACAGACCAUUUAUAUAAAACAGUUUUUAAUAUAAAUAAAAUAAUACAUAAAAAAAAAAGUGAAAAUAAUAUAAAUUCUAUGUAUAAAAAAUCAUUAGAUAAUUUUUUUAAAGAAGUUUUAAUUAACUUAAUGAAAAAUAUGAAUUAUGAAAAAAUAAAAUGUAUUGUUUUAGGAGGACCAGGUUUCUUUAAAACUGAUUUUUUUGAUUAUAUAUAUAAUAAGUCUGAUAUGAAAAAUAAUAAAGAAAUUUUAAGUAUUAAGAAUAAAUUUAUUAUUGUAAAAACAAGUAAUAUAUAUAAAAAUUCUUUAAAUGAAAUAAUUAAUGAUAAUAAUAUGAAAAAAAUGAUUUUAAAUAUGAAAGUGGUAUCACAUGUAGAUAUAUUAAAUAAGUUUUAUAAGCUUUUUGAACAAAAUGAAAAGAAAAUAUGUUAUGGUGAUUCAGAAAUUGAAUAUGCAACUUCUUUAAAUGCUAUUGAAUCUUUGUUAAUAACUGAUGGAAAAAUAAGAAAUUGUAAUGCUGAUAUUAGAAAAAAAUAUGUUAAAAUUAUAGAAAAAGUGAAAAAAAAUGGAAAAGUUUUUAUAUUUUCUGAUAACCAUAUAUCUGGCGAACAAUUAAAUGCAUUAACAGGUAUUGCUGCUAUUUUAAAAUUCCCAGUCAAUUUUGAAAAUGAAAAAAAAUAUUAUGAGGAUGAUUAUAAUAUCUAA